CCGACCCGCCCGCGACCCCGAACACCCCGGGGCGGGGGGACGGGACGAGGCGGGGAGAGGGUUUUAGAGCGGCGGCGGGGCCGGGGGAGCGCGGAGCCAUGGGGGAGGCGGACCCCGGCGAGCCGGCGGCGGUGGACAGCCGGGGGGCUGCGGCGGAACCGCUGCAGAAACCGCCUUACUCCUACGUGGCGCUGAUCGCCAUGGCCAUCCGGGCCAGCCCCGAGCAGCGGCUUCCCCUCAGCGGUAUCUACGCCUACAUCGCCGGGCGCUUCCCCUACUACCGCGGCGGUCCCAAGGGCUGGCAGAACAGCGUCCGCCACAACCUCAGCCUCAACCCCUGCUUCCGCCGCCUGCCCCGCCGCGCCGCUCCCCCCGCCGCUCCCCGCCGCGGCGGGGACUGGGUGCUGGAUCCCGCCUUCCACGACAUGUUCCCGGGGGGGGACUACCGCCGCCGCCGCCGCCCGCGCCGACAAACACCCCCCCCGCCGCCGCCGCCUCCUCCUCCUCCUCCUCCUCCCGCCGCCGCCGUUCCCUGGCUGGCUCCGCCGCCUCCCGCCGGUUGCCCGCACGGUCCCUGCGCGGCGCUGGCGCUGCCGUUGCCCCGGGGAUGCCGCUGCGGCGAGGUGGCCGGUUGGGGCCCCCCCGCCAUCCUGGGACCGCCGCAGGGGUUGCCCGCCUGGCCGCUUGCCGGCGGCGCCGGGGCGAGGGCUGUUCUGCGCCCGGCGGACCUGGAUCUCGGGAUCAGCAGCGACCUGGGGGGGAAGGUGCCCUCCUCCUUUAAAUAAAGCCCCCGACGUGAGAUGCGGUGCCGCGGGACGGGGGCUGAUCUGCUUGAGCAGAGCUUGUGUCGGCUGGCUGGAGGCGGGGGGGGUGUUCGGGGGUGUUUCUGCAUCCCGGCUUGAGAAAGGGGCUUAAAUAAAUGCUCAGCUAUUGGAAGUGCCUGGAGGAGGAUUGCUCGGAGAAGUUCCCGUUGCUGUGACUGAGAUGUGCCACCUUGUUUCUCCGUGCUGCGAGGAGUGUGAAUUGUGCUUCUGCGCUGCUUUAUCCGUUUGGAUUGGGGGAUUUGGGGGGGGGGGGGGGGUUGUGAUAUUGUUGUUUGAACCUUCAGGCAGGGCUGAAGGGGGGGCUGCGGAGCUCGAGCAAGCUAAAUCGGUAUCUUGUGUCUUCUCGAAUCUGUCGUGUAGAUGCUAGUCCUUGCAAAAGUGAAACUCGGUUCGAGCAGGGAAAUUAUUUUUUCAAGUGUCCUUAAACUUCUUUUGGAGCUUUUCUUUCAAGGUUUAUGAAAAAGCAAUAUAUGUAUUUUUCCAUUGGGGAGGGGGGGAACCAGCAAAAGACCGAAACACAAACCCCAAAGAUCUUUGGAGUAAUCCUGGGAAUCUUGUGGGUUUGUAUUUAAAGCGAAUCUAUAUGGGGUUUUUCGUACAGUGAAGAGUUAUUUUAUAUUGUUGCUUGUUAUAUAUGUUUACAUAUGUUCAUUGUUAACAGGUCUCUUAUAAAUGAUGAUGCUAUAAUUACUGUGUUCAUUGUUAACAUGUUUCUUACAGAUGCUGAUGCUAUAAUUACUAUGUAAGGUCUUUUCCCCUUUUAAUUUCAGAGGGAGUAGUUUCUAUGCUUUUCCCUCAGAAUAAGGGUUCAGAGAGAAAAUAUGCUUCUAAUAAAACUGUGUUUCAAGGGAGAGAAAAGUUCAAAUGCUGUUAUGUGAAGAGCAGCGCUUGUUGUGUGUUAUAUUUUAUGAGUUGUUUAAUAAAUAGUACUUCCGAAAA